CAAUGAAACGCCACCACGACACACGUCACACAAUGGGGCCGCCCGGCUAUAAAAGGUGGGAUGGAGGCGCCGCGUCUCACCCCGGCUCCUCUUCCUCCCUCUCGCUCCACCGGAUCCAGUGAGGAUGAGGAGGCUCUGCUGAGCGCAGCCUCAACCAGGGACUCCCAGACCUGCGGACGAAAGCCCUGCCUCCUGAUUUCUGCACAUUUCUACACAAACAGCAUCAUGACCAGGAAGGUGUUCACCAACACCAGGGAGCGCUGGCGCCAGCACAACGUCAACACGGCCUUCGCAGAGCUGCGUAAGCUCAUCCCCACCCAUCCUCCGGAGAAGAAGCUGAGCAAGAACGAGAUCCUGCGCCUGGCCAUGCGCUACAUCAACUUCCUGGUGCAGCUGCUGGAGAGCCAGAGCGGCCAGCCGGCCGGCCACUCCUCCACCGCCCUGCUCAGCUUCCUGAAGGGCAACAUGGAGCGGCUGCACUCGCCUCCCCAAACCUGGACCGCCAACAGCGACACCGAGGCGCCGUCGCCCGGAUCCAGGAGUGACAGCUCCGAGGCCUGGUAGACGAGAAGAACAUGGACGACUUUUCAAACUGUUUUUUUUAAAUGGGGGAAUAAAAACUUGUUUGUGUUGUGGAAGAUGAGAAGAGUCCCUCCAGCGAUGCUGAUUAUUUAUAAAAUAUAAUUUCCAGGAGUAAUUUAUACGUUUUCUGCAUGGAAGUGUCCCACGUUCCCUUCGUGUCUCCAUGUUUGCAUCCCUUGUUGCUGGAACUGAUUUAAUUUUGCAAAAAUUCCUUGUUUUCCAAUGAGGAAAAUGGAGGAUUAUGGAUUUUCUGAUUCUGAUUUAGAUUAAAUGAGCAAUAGGUGAAGACUCAGAUACAUCUCCAGACAGCAAAAGAGCACUUUUUGUUUUAUUUCCUUUAAAAUACAACAACUCAAUCAACAACAGAGCACUAGGGCCAUGAAAAUAAAAAAUUACAAGACUAAAGUCAAUGUAAUGCUGGAAUAAUCACUAUUAUAUGAGAAUAGCUAAUAUUUUGAGAAUAAAGGGAAAAUAUUGAAAAUAAAUUCAAAAUAAUAUGAGAAUAAAGUUGUGAAUUACCAGAAUAAAGUCACAAUAUGACUUUGUUCGAGACUUUGUUUUAAUUAUCACUAUUUUAUUAUUUUGAUUAUUCUCGUACAACUUUACUCUCAUAAUAUUAGGACUUUAUUCUCUGAAUUUCAUUUCAUCAUUUCUUAGCCCUAAUAACUUGUCUGACCUUUUUCCAUUUAUCGAGUUUCUGAGGCUUCAGAUAAACCAGAUUCCCUGUUUUUCUUCCUCUUUCUCAAAACUCAGCAACUGAUUUCUGAUGUUUGGAUGAAACUGACAAUCUGCUUUCAGUCAUUGCUCACAAACAUUAGAUUUCAAAGGAAUUUUGGGGUUUUUGUAUUAAUUGUUUUGUAAAUACGCAUGUGAUAUGAUGGCCAAAGAUAAUGAACUGAUUGUUAACUGUGACGAGUGUGUAAAUUAUCAAUCUUAUAUGUCAUUGCUAAUUUAUUUUUGCUUCACUGGUGGACACAUAGUAUCUUAUUUAUUUUAACUAUUUAUUCAAUAAAGGAUUUGUUAAUUA